CAUGUGUAUCCACUUCCGCUAUUGCGCAGUGCACAUUACACCGACGACAUGGCGCUGGCUAAGACCGUCUACGAUCUCCUCUUCAGGAGGACGUCCACCUUCGCUGUGACCAUCAUGGUUGGAGCUGUCUUAUUUGAGCGGGUGUUUGACCAAGGCGGUGACGCGAUUUUUGAGCAGAUGAACCGCGGGAAACUAUGGAAACACAUCAAACACAACUAUGAGAACAAAGAAGAGUAGGACGCCACCCUCGGUUUUAUAAGGCUGCAGUGCUAAUGUGUUGUCUAGUUUCCAUCACCAUAUAUUCCUGGAUUCAGCAUCUGAAUGAAGCAGCUGUCAUCUUGGACAAUGUGCACUAAGUCAUGCCCAGGCUGGAGGAGGCUCUGAGAGGACCUGCGGAGGCUGAAAGGCUGUCCCGACCACCAGGGAAAUGGAUCAAAGCUCGUCCUUUACCUUGCAGAUGUUUCUAUUGAUUUAAUUGCCUUCAGCUUGUAAAUUGUUAUAUUAAACUUGUUUCAAUGUCA